GGACUUUCAGAUUUCAAGGUGUCCCCUAGAGGAAUGUACAUUGCUUUACUUCUAGAAAGGAAAAUCUGCUAGGCUAUGUCUGACAUUGUGCAUUAUUGUUAUUUUAUUGGUGUGUAGGCCUAUAAUUUAUACCGUCUGCGUGUUUUCGACAGAUUUUUAAUCAAGAUCAAGUGUGUUAUUCAGAAUGCAACGUUGAAGUCUCGCUUCUACUGUACAACUAGCAUUGCUUUGAUGAACACCUGGACUAUGGGGCUUCACAGGGUGGAUACGUGUGUCCUGCUGAUUCAUCUAAGUUUGCAGGUCGUCUGGAGUUGGGAUAAAGUGGUCUUCCUGAACCCACCCGAUGAGCCUGUAUCAGGGUACCCAUUAAGAGUGUCAUACUCCUGUGAUAAACCAAUGUUGGUCCAGCUUGAAUGUAUCGUCUCCUUUGACACUGGAAAAACAUCCACGGUCCUCCAGAGAAACUGGAACUGUGAACCAGGCCCAACUAGGGUACACACUCUGAUCCUACGGCUGCCUGACUGGCUGGUGUACCAGCCUGACUGGGCUGUUCCAGUCUCUCAGUGGGUCCACAGUGCCAUGCUGCGGGCUUCUCUCAGAGACUAUGGAUCAACGUUUAGCCAUGGGACCUCCUUGGCGCAGCGGGCUGUAGCUGUCCUGCAGACCAACCCUCCCCUCAGCCGGCCCCUGAAGCAGCACAGGCUCUGUCCUGACUGGAGAGUACAGAUGCUGACCAAAACCACCGCCAUGCCAAAGUGUCCGUCUGAACAAGUGACAGCCCAUUUGCUGUCCUCAAUCUACGCCUCAGCUGGAGAGAAAUAUGGGGUUAUGAGGACAUUACAGCCUUACAGCAGUGAGGUUCUGGAGCACCUGCGUCUCAAGGCGGUCUCCUUCCCAUGGUGUGCACUGUCCAUGUGGGUGUUCCUGACCCAGUAUUGCCAGCAGAGAUACUGUGGAAUGCUUUAUCACAUAGACUCUAGCAGUGACUAUGCCACACCUACACUUUUCCUCACCAAUACAGGCAAGGUACACAUCCAGAUGCAUGGAGGCUCUGCGGUGUCCUCUGCCUUCCUGUGUGCCUUCCAGGUGCCUCUGGGCCAGUGGUGUCGCCUUAACAUGGAACUGCGUGGAAGAAAGGUUGAUGUCACCAUGGUGUGUCUGGAUGGAGAACACAAAUCGGUUUAUUUUGCACAACACAUAUUCACCCAUCAUGUGGAGCUGGAUGAUACAGAUGGCUAUGUUGUGAUUGGUGGAAGCCAGUAUGUGAAUGGUAUCAAGGGUUAUUAUGGGCCCAUGGUGUACUAUCGCAAUCGAAUUCCUCCACUGACCACGUCUGAAGAAGUACUUGUUCCAGGAUCGAUCAUUAAAACAAAUUUGACGGGAUGGCUGCAGUCUUGUCACAAUCUUCAGUCAGAGCUACAAGUCAAAACUAGUCAAUAUCUACAGGACAAGAGGAGAAUAGAGUCAGAGAUCUGUAUGGGGGCUUUUUGCCAGUGGAGAUUGAGACUUCCCCGGCCAGUGCCUCAGUGUGUAAGCUGGGAACACCCAAGCGUCCCUCGAAGACGCCAUGCUCUACAGCUGUCAACAUCACUAGCCUCCAAACACGGCGGUGGUGAGGUAGACCUGGUGGCGGUGGGCCAAGCCCUGUACUCCCUGUCUGUGCGUCUGCUGGACCAGGGCAGGAAUACUGGGGUGGUGGGUAAGAUCUUGCCCCUACUGCUGCAAGCAGGCUGUCUGGGGAACAACCAAGCUCUGCAUACGGCCUCCGUGAUCUACAGAAGCGGCCUGGGAGUUUCCCUGCAGCCGGACAAGGCUUUGCAGUUGUCUCUGGUGGGAGCCCAGAGAAACAGCAGACUGGCACUGCUUCACUUAGGCCAGCUGUACUACCUGGGUGAGUCUGGUAUCACCCCAGACCUUGACCUGGCCUAUGCCUACUACUCCCACAUCGCCAAGAAGACAUCCUCAGACCGGCUCAACCCCUCACCCCAGCAGACCUAUGUAGAGUCUGUUUACCUGAACAACGAGGAGGUGCUGAGGCUUCAGACCAAUGAAAACCACGACCUGUUCCACUGGUUAAAACUCCAGGCUCGUAACGGAGCAGCAGACGCAGAGCAAACAGUGGCCCGCAUGCUGUUCUGGGGUCAGCAGGGGGUCUCUCCUGACAUCCACACUGCUGUCAGACACUAUGAGAGGGGAGCUGUCCGCCUGGAGGACCCUACAUCCAUGUAUGACUACGCCAUUGUGCUGCUCCUGGGACAUGGCGUCCAGAAGGACAUCCCACGGGCUGUGAUGUUCCUGAAGAAAUCAGCCGAGCAGGGCUUUACCCCAGCCCUCAACGCCCUGGGCUGGUACUAUGAGCGCUUCGAGAAGGAAUACGAGCUGGCGGUGCAGCUGUGGGAGCAGGCGGACGCCCAGGGCAGCCCGGACGCAGCCAUGAACCUGGGAGUCAUGUACGCCCUAGGUCUCUACCCUGGCAAGCCUGCAGACCAGUUCAAGGCGUACCAGUACUACCAGAAGUCUGCCCAGAGGGGCCAUGUGGACGGGGCCAUCCAGCUGGCGGACGCCUGGACAAUGGGGCUCCGUGGACAUGUCCAGAGACAUCCUGCAAAUGCAGUGCUGUGGGCCAAGUGGGCAGCAGAGCACAAUGGGUAUCUGGGCAUGAACCUAAGAAAGGCCUUGAACUCAUAUUUCAAAGGAAACAUGUUAAUGUCUUUCUUGUAUUACCUGAUGGUAGCGGAGUCAGGAUAUGCUGCUGCUCAGUUUAAUGCAGCGUACCUUUGUGAACACAACACUGGAGGCUUCCUGUCCCCUGCUUAUGCGGCCCAGUGCAUGAGGAGAUACUACAACCUCACCAUCCGCUGUCAAGACCCAGAUCCUUACGCCCUGAUCAGAAUGGGAGACCUGCUGUCUGAAGGUCACGAAGGCAGACGCGAUGUGGCGGCUGCGGCAGACAUGUAUAAACAGGCGGCGCUCAGGGGCGACCCACAGGGAUGGUACAGCCUUGGUCUGCUUGUUCAAGCAGAGCAGAAGGUACCUUUACCUGUGCUGGCUCAGCUGGGGCUGGCUGAGCUCUACGUGGCAGAUAGCAGUGUGCUGAUGUCCGUUCUCUACCACAGAUGCAGAGACUCCAAUGGCACUGCUGACUCUUACUUGCCUUGUAGCCUGGCUCUCUUCAGCGCCUACAUGCAGUCCCUCCAGAGGGACUGCAGAGAGACUUUUACGUUGACUGGCUCAGUGGCCUUAGCUGUGGUAGCUCCGCCCAUUCUACUUCUCUUCCUGUGGAUCCUCCGGGGGCGUGGCUCCUUGCAUCUAUAGGGGAGCCUAGCAGCCAAUCAGCUACACCGUUUCAGCUGGCAUUUGAGUCUAUCAGCAAAUUGAAGAGAACGACUGCUGCAUCAGAAGCAGCACUCUAGAAUCAUAACUGACGAUGAGGUUGGGAAGAAGUUUUUUCAUUUUUCUUAAGCAGAUGGAAUGUUAUUUUGAGGUUUUAAAUAUCAUGAUUUGACUUCAAAUUGUACGUGUUUUUCUAAGUCAAAAAUGCUUUUACAAAACAUAAUAAAUACAUUUUUAC